AGUAUCGCGAAAUGUAUUGAGACAGUCACAACGUAUUGUGCUGGAUUCGCGUCGCAUUUUAUUUUGACAUUUUAUAACAUUUCUAUAGAAUUAAAAAUGUACCAAUUGUCUUAUUGAUUUAAUAAACAUUUCUCACGUUUUUAAACAAUUUUGAAAUUGAAUUCGGUGCUUUGCUAUAUUAUUGGUUCUAAAAAUGGUUGAAAAGUUGAUGUUCUAUUGAUUAAUAAGUGAAUUAGUAUCUUAUUGACUGUCCCAAGGUCAUCUCAUUAAAAGAGAACGCACCUCAAAUAUAUGAAGUCAUCGGCAGUAAUUGUCUAUAUAUAAAUCUGUGUUCGAAGCGAGAGAGUGCAUUUUAAAAUGGAACAAGAGCAGUCGCACUUUCUUUUUGGCAGAAAAGUUACUGGACAAUUCGCGGCCUUUUCAGCAGUUAUUUUUUCUAUUGCGCUUACAGCAUUCAUUGCAUGUAUUUAUGUUGGAUUCGAGCUAAAUUUAACUCUAAUCAUUUUUGUUAUUGUUGCGAAUGUUCUAGUGACAUUUGUAUGGUUGCUUGGAAUUUUCAAAGAUAAAAGGGAAUUCAUGCUCUUUUCGCUGAUAUUCUGGGGUGCACUGUUGGACAUCUGGUUGGGUUACAUCUUCCUAAUAACAAUAGAAUCAAUACCAUAUGGACCUGAUCUAUAUCGAAAACAUACCACUGCCGAAAUUGUUAUUCCAAGUAUAACAGUUCUUUUCGUAUUAUAUUACAUAUGGUUGAUGUUGAUUUAUAAAUCAAUGGGCAAAGAUAUACGAAAGAUAUUUCGUAUGGAUUGGCAAAUGUCUGGAAUACUAUAUGGUGGGGUGAUGAUAUCAUUAACCCUCGGUCAAACGUUACUCUUUCAUUUGCAACGUUUACAAUCCGACUUUUACUUCUACGGAACAAUUUUGUACAUUGUUUUUAAUUCGAUUGCUGCCAUUAGUUGGCUAUAUGCAAUUGCCAAAAAAAAACAAAUGUUUGUCCUGAGCGCACUAGUUUGUUGGCUUGUGCCUCUGAGUAUUUGGAUUGGUCUUGUAAUCUACGGCAUAACUGAGAAAGGAUUUAAUCCAGGGAAUCGCAAGAAUGGACAUAAUAUAAUCUAUCCAGUAUCGAUAUUUACAGUAAUUGUGUAUGUCGCUGCCUGUUAUACAUUUAAAUCAAUCAACAGCAAUGAGUCCGAAAGCGACCGAUUCAACAUAGCAUAUGCACCACCACCCACUGCAAGAAGAAAAUUUGACGCUUAAUGAAUGAGCAAUAAAACGCCAAAUGAAGCCUUAAUUACAUUUUAUUUAAACACACAUUUAACAUUUUCAAUGAAUUUCAUACAAUUUUUAAACCAUUUUCACACAUUAUUUUUGCAUUGCAUUGCCUCUUCUAGCUAGUAGGCAUCUAAUUAUAUUUUUAGAAAAUGUUUUGCUGUUUUAUUCAGGCAAAUUUAUGAUCUGAAAUAAAUGCUUAGUUAUAUGCACCAGAA